AGGAGCGUCGACGGUUCCUAGGAGGCAGGCUCCGGCCGCGGCCGCGGCGAGUUACACCGUUUUCCAACCAGUCCGCGCCCGCCGCAGCCGAGACAGCCAGAAUGUUCAGGAUGCUGAGCAGCGGCUUCGAGGAUGAUCCUUUCUUCUCCGAUUCUUUCCUUGCACACCGAGAAAGUAUGCGUCAGAUGAUGAGAAGCUUUUCUGAACCCUUUGGCAGAGACUUGCUCAGUAUUUCUGAUGGUAGAGGACGAGCUCAUCAGCAUACAGGACAUGAUGAUGGAGAAGACUCCGUGACUGCAAUGAGUUGUUCUCUUCUGCCAUUCAGCAGUUUUUGUGGUAUGCAUACAGAUGUCAACCCUUUUCAGGCAAUGGACCGAAUGAUGUUAAAUAUGAGAAACAGUAUGCAGGAAUUACAAAGAAACUUUGGUAAUCUUUCAAUGGAUCCACAUGGACAUUCAUUCUGUUCUUCUUCGGUGAUGACUUAUUCCAAAGUAGGGGAUGAACCACCAAAAGUUUUCCAGGCCUCAACCCAAACCCGCAGGGCUCCAGGAGGAAUAAAGGAAACCAGAAAAGCAAUGAGAGAUUCUGACAGUGGACUAGAAAAAAUGGCUGUUGGUCACCAUAUCCAUGACCGAGCUCAUGUCAUUAAAAAGUCAAAGAACAACAAGACUGGAGAUGAAGAGGUCAACCAAGAAUUCAUAAAUAUGAACGAAAGUGAUGCUCAUGCUUUUGAUGAUGAGUGGCAAACUGAGAUUUUGAAGUAUAAACCCGGGGGACGAUGGCGCAAUGUUGAAAAUGCUAAAAUGCGCAGUGUUGGUCAUGAGAAGAAUCCAGGAUCCCGAGAACUUAAAAGAAGGGAGAAAUCUAAUCAAAGUCCAGCCAUUGAAAGUGGAAGAAGAUCAAACGUUUUUGUGGACAAACUCAACAUCAAAGGGUCACCUCUGAAAACCCACAAAAAAUAAAUUACCAUGCAUUUGAUUCACUUAGUUUUCAUUGUUUUAACUGAGAAAGUAAUGGUGCUGGGUAAUAUAUGUAAGACCAAUCUCUGUUGUUAGAUCAGUUCUAUACUUUGCAACUUUCUUCUGGUAUCUGAAUCUUCUUGGAAAUUCUAGAUUUAUGUUGUUCCUACUCUAGGAAUAAAAGUUGAUUUUGAAUAAAGUGAAUAAAUUGUGAAACAUUCUGUAAAACUCUACUUUAAAACACUAAUUUUUAAAGCUAAAAUGUUGGUUUUGCUUCCCCAGUUUUUAUAUUUGCUAUGUAUUCUUUUAUAUUUAUCAAGAUCAAUUGUAGAGCUACUUGUAUAAUUUACAAUUAGUUAUAAUAAAGCAAAAUGUUAAAACAGUAUCAGUUUUCACCCACCCUAGAGGUUUUGAAUAAUUUAUCUCAAAUUUUAUGAUGUAAUAUAUAGAACAGCUAGCUUAAA